UAUGCCAAAUAUCCGUAACAACAGAAACUGUACUACUCCUAACAUUAUAUAACUGCUUAGCAUAUUAACACGCAAUACUGAAAAAUGGCCAGCGUUGAAGAGAGUAAGGAAAAGAUUUUGCAAAUAGCCUUAAAAGAUUUAGGGCGCAGUGAAAAUGACCUACAAGCCGAAUUAGAUUCGUUGAAGGAGUGGUUCAAAACUCAAAAGCACUUGCCCGAGAUACCUGAUGAUCACAUAUUGAUAAACCAAAUUUUGUCAAACAAAUUCCAUAUGGAAAAAACCAAGAAAAAAAUUGACACUUACUACACGAUUAGGUCGAUAUUGCCGGAAAUAUUUGAGAACAGCAACCCGAAUCGACCAAGCAUGAAGAGCGUCCUCAAACAAAUAGCUGUAUUUCCACUGGGGGUAACUGAAAGUGGUCACAGGGUAGGCAUGUUCUGGAUGGACUUGGACAAAAACGACCGAACAAUCAGUCCGUAUAACGUCGCCAGCCAAAUAAUUAAUUCGAUCGAGGUCAUGGCCCAUGAGUCAAUUACUCUUCCAUGGAUUACGAUACAUGAUUAUGGAAAAUUGACUACUGAGUAUCUAACCAAAAUCAAUCCAGUCACCAUCAAGAAGACAUUUGUACCUCUGAAAAUGUUUAGUAUUAGACAAAAAGAAAUACAUAUAGUCAAUAUCCCGAAAUAUGCUGAAAUAUUCUUAAACAUGUAUAAACAGUUCUUUAUACCGAAGAUCCGCGACAGGGUAAGUUAUGACGUUAUCAUAUUUUAUUUUGUGCUCCUCAUUAAUGAAUAUUCUAGUUUAUCGUGCACAGCUCACCGAACGAGCUUCAAAAAUAUAUACCAAAAUCACUUCUACCGAUGGAUUAUGGUGGAGAUCUACCAAACCUGAGAACACUAGCUGAUGAAUGGAACAAGAAUUUUGAAAAAUAUGCAGAAAGAUUUGACCAACUGGAGAAGUUGAAGGUAGACGAAACACUGAGGUCAACCCCACUAAAAGACGACGAAUUGUUGGGUGCUUAUGGACACUUCAGAAAAUUGGACAUUGAUUAGGUUAUCUUAAGAUAUAUUUUGUGCUACUUUUAUAGUAUACAGGGUAAUUGAGGCUCUAUUUAAACUUUGCACGCAGCGUUUUUCGUUGAACAAUAGUAAAAAUUGUUUACUGUCUUUUGAUCUAUCUUUGUUUAAUAAAAUCAUAAUUGUAUCCUUCUCCCUCAAAAGCUUGGUUGAAAUUAGGAUGGGCUGUGUGAACUAGAGAUGUUCGAUAUACAUCGAUGCAUCGGAGACAUCGAGACACAGAAUUCGAUGUAUCGAACGCUUCCGAUGUUUCUCGAUGCAUCGAUGCAUUUUUAUCGAUGAAUCGAAAACUUUUCAUUUGGAAUAGGUGUACUUACUUAUUCUUCCUGUGAAAUAAUAAUUUUUUUGAACAUAUAAUGCAGUCUUAAGGAGCAGGGCAAACCCUUAAUGAACAAAGAAACAGAUUAAAAGGAAAAAGAUUAAAUCAGAUUUUAUUUUUACAAAGUUUCGAUAAAAAAUACUGGGACUCGGACUAGUGUUGUGCUGUUAAAUAC